CAAACACCUUCAUGGCAAAUGAAAUCCCUGUUAUUUAUUUCCUUCUGUCCCAGCUGACUGAAAAAUACGGGGACAUCUUCAGCUUAGAGAUUGGCAGUUUAUCACUUCUGUCCAUAAAUGGGCUGCGUAUGGUCAAGGAAGUUCUUGUAAACCAAGGGGAAAACUUCAUGGAUCGCCCUGAAAUUGCUGUCAGCAAGGAGAUUUUCGGCAAUAUGGGUCUGUUCUUCUCCAACGGGCACUUGUGGAAGCAACAGAGGAGGGUCACCUUGACCACCCUCCGAAACUUUGGCCUGGGGAAGAGGAGCCUGGAGGAACGCAUCCAGGAGGAGUGCCGAUGCCUCGUGGAGGUGUUUGGGGAUGAGCAGGGGAAUCCUUUCAACCCUCAGCUGAACAUCAGCAAUGCUGUUUCAAACGUCAUCUGCUCUGUCACCUUUGGCGAUUGGUUUGACUACCAAGAUGAGGACUUCCAAAAAUUGCUGCACUUGCUGGACGAGGCGUCUAGGCUUUCUGCCACAAUCAUGACCCAGGUACAGCCCACCUUCUCUGAAGCCCACCUUGAAACUCAUAGCAUUAAAAUGACUGAAGCCCAUCACCAAACUUUGUUGAAAUUCCUCUCCCUUUGCACAGGCUGUUUGGCGAUUGGUUUGACUACCAAGAUGAGGAACUGGAACCCCUCGGAGAGCCGGGACUUCAUUGACAGCUACCUGCAGGAGAUAGCCAAGGACACCAGCGACAGCAGCUUCCAGGAGGAAAACCUUGUGUCCUGUGUGCUCGACCUGCUGUUUGCUGGGACCGAGACCACUUCCACCACCCUCCGCUGGGCUCUGCUGUACAUGGCCCUGCAUCCAGAAAUUCAAGCCCGCGUGCAAGCCGAGAUCGACGCCGUCAUCGGGCAGGUGCGGCAGCCAGCCCUGGAGGACAGGAGCAACAUGCCCUACACCAACGCCGUCAUCCACGAGGUGCAGAGGAAAGGCAACAUCGUCCCUCUCGGCAUCAUAAGAAAGGCAACAAAGGACACGGUCAUGGAUGGCUUCCACAUACCAAAGGGCACUACUGUGCUCACAAAUUUAACCUCUGUGAUGUUUGACAAGAGCGAGUGGGAAACCCCUGACAGUUUUAACCCUGGGCAUUUCCUGAAGGAUGGUCAGUUCUGGAAAAGGGAGGCUUUCAUCCCUUUUUCCAUAGGGAAGCGUGCCUGCCCGGGUGAGGUGCUGGCCCGCUCCGAGCUCUUCCUCUUCUUCACGGCUCUGCUCCAGAAAUUCACCUUCCAGGCACCCCCGGGCAUCACACUCAGCCAACAGCCCAAGCUGGGGAGCAUACUGGCCCCAGAGCCCUACAGGAUCUGUGCCGUGCCUCGGUAG